CCAUUCUCAUCCUUACAUGAUGUACUCCUUCCCUACUGCCUUCUAUUCACCUGUAGCAACCGUUACAAAAGAUGAAGAAAAGGCACGAAAGGAAAAGAUGUCGAUCCUCAUCGAACGAUACAAGGACAAAGUCUCUACUCUUUCAACAACUCCCGAUAAUCAGCUAUGUAAGUAUGAAGAUUUCUGGUAUUUCCACGGUUUUUGGUAUCACUCAAAAGCUGACUUCACGGUUGAAGCGGUUAUGGCCGUGCAAGACGAUUUCCAAGCUCUACCAACCGAUAUCUUCUUAGCAAGUCAUCCAAAAACCGGCACAACAUGGCUUAAGGCCCUUGCCUUUGCCAUUGUGAACCGAAGCAAAUUCAAAACGGGGAUCGCCUCUUGUCAAACUCACCCAUUGCUCACCAUUAGCCCGCAUGAUUGUGUCCCCUUCAUAGAGACCGAGUCUUUCUUGAACAACCCUUCUUAUGCCAAUGGCCUCCUUGCUACCCAUAUACCCUACACUUCUUUACCUAAAUCCAUCAUUACUUCCGAUUGUCGGAUUGUUUACAUAUGUAGAAACCCUAAAGAUGUGCUCAUUUCUUUAUGGCACUUCUUGAACAAGGUGAGAGAUGAUUCUUCACCAAUAAAACUGGUUGAUCUAUUUGAGAUUUUUAGUAAAGGUAUAAGUCCAUGUGGAUCUAUUUGGGAUCAUGUGGUAGGGUACUAUAAGGCCAGUUUAGAACGACCGGAUAAGGUAUUGUUCUUAAAGUACGAGGAUUUAAAGAAAGAUCCAAAGAAUGUGGUUAAGAAAUUAGCCGAAUUCAUAGGUAACCCGUUUACAGAAGAGGAGGAAUCUGAUGGAUCAGUGGAAAAGAUAAUCGAACUUUGUGGUUUUGAGACCUUACACAAGGUAAAUAAGGUUUCAUCCGACCAGGUCUACUUUCGAAAAGGCGUUGUUGGUGAUUCGGGUAGUUAUCUCACGACUGAAAUGAUCGAAACUAUGGACAAGAUCACCAAAGAAAAGUUUGAUGGUUUAAGUAUCUCGUUUGAAGCAUGACCAAUUGAAUCGCUUGGCUAUAGAUGUGAUUAUAUUUUAUAUUUUAUAUUUAUGUGUGUAUUGGUAGUAUUUUUUGUUUUUACUUUUUUAAGUAGUUGCGUGUCUUCAUAUGCUUUCUGGAAUCUUAUAUCUUGGUUAUGGUUUUUGGAGCCGAGGGUCUCACUGAAAGCAGGCUCUCUAUCCUCUGGAUAUAGCUAAUUAGGUUUGCCUACAUUCCACCAUCUCCAGACCCUAUUAAUAAGCUUGGCUAUAGAUGGAUUAUACCGGGCAAGAUUGUUGUUGUUGUUGUUGUUGUUGUUGUUGUAUUUGAAGCAUGACCAAGCUAGUUUGAUGUUAAGGUCGAAUCAGUGCAUCUUUAUUUCCGCUGUUUUUAUCUAAUAAAUUUUAAUUUCUUAUGAUAUUCC